AUUGAGUCUUUGUAUCUCUUUGCAGUUAUGCAUUUUUUUAUUAGGUAAGCAGAGAGAAUCUGGCGACAUGGACUGUGGAGGAAGUUGCUUUGUGUUAUCUGAGGAGCUGCGGAAAAACCGAGAGUUGAUGCUACAAAAGGGUGAAGCAACAUCAGUGAAGAAGAAGUAUGUCCGGAGGACAAGAGUGAAGAACAAGAAGCAGUUGGAAUCGACAUCAGUUGGAGCGGUUGUUGGAACUUCUAACCUUGUCAAGAAGUUGUGCUCACACAAACCGCCAAGCUUCUUAACUAAUGUGGAUGCAGCAGAGAGAGAAGACGGGCUGUUGUACAACAAUGGUGAAACUCAAUCAAAAUCUGAACAAGGCCCCUGCAGGGGAGUUAAAAACAAGACGAAGAGCGGAUAUGAGACAGAAGGAACCGCAGUUGCAGUUUCCGGAGAAAAGCAGUCUGUUUAUCUUUACUCGGCAUGGGAACGAGAAUAUCCCAAGAGAAAACGCAGCCUACUGAUAAGAAAACCCAAGGAACCAAAGAAGACAUUGGGCGAGAGCAGAGAAGGAAAGGAACAAGUUUGUGACACUUCUGAACAAGAAGCUGAGACAGAAAAGGAAGGGGAUGUUUCUGAUGCAGCACCAUUAUCAAUGCUCUUGGUAGGGGAUUGUUGUUUCUUGGUCGAAGAAGAAGACGUUGUUGCUGACGGUGGAGGAGGAGUAGGAGAAAGGUGUGGCAUUGACAUGGAUCUAGCUGAGGAGGAGAUGGCUGAGUUGAGUUGGCGAUUGAAAGAGUUGAGCUCGAACGAGUCAUAGAGUGUACUUUCUCAAUCCCACACCUUCUUCUUCUUCAUCUUAUCAAGAUUGGUACUCUCUUCUGCGUUUUGUUUCGGAUUCAUGAUCACCAUCUUGUUCUUUGGGUGAUUUUCCAUCUUUUUAGUGUUUUCUGAUCUUUGUAUCGAGUUUUUGUCUGUAGAAAUAAAAAUAUGAACUCAAC